AAAAUUAUUUCACAAAAAUCACAAAUGCGCGCAAGUCGUUUGAUUAUGCUGUUUAAAGCUUUUAAUUAAGAUAUUUAGAACGCUGAUUGAAUUUCAAAGUUGUUUCAGUGUAUAUGGCCUAUCAAGCUACAUGUUGAUUCUGUUUUGAGUCAGUAAACAUUGAAAAUGGAAGUGCAGUUUGGUCCAAAUGCUCAUGAUGAACCGAAUAUGCUGUAUAGAUUACAACGUAAAAUCAAGGUAUUUGAUACAAGUGACGCACUGCCGAAUAGAGGGUAUAAUCUAGUGGCCAGUGCUAGUAAAUAUGGUGCUGUCUUUGUUGGUACACCGGAUGGAAAACUAGCAGUAUACCAUCUGAAGGAAUUGGUAGACAAGGAAUGUGAGCCGAACCACCUUCCGGUGCAACUGCAGGAGAAGCCGACACACAUAGCUGUCAACAGCGACCAUGAGCUGCUGGCCGUUACAGGAGGACAGCUGUUUAUGCUCUUCAAAGUUGUGGAUUUGCUCAACCAGAAUGUCUCACCAUCCAUGUCCGUGCAGUUUGAUGUCAGCCCGUCCACAUUUGUGUCAGAUGUAAAAUGGAACCCGUGCAUUCCUGACACCAUUGCAUACGCUUUCUAUGAUGGCUCCAUUAUCGUAUGCCAGGCGGGGCAAGGGCAGGUCAAGAAGUUGCAGUCUAGUGCAAGAUGUCUCUGCUGGAGUCCUAAAGGGAAGCAGCUAGUAGUCGGCAACAGUGACGGCACAAUCUGUCAGUACAAGCCAGAUCUGUCAAUGAUGAAAUCAUUCCCUGCGCCGAAUCUGUUUCAAAAUGCACCCGUGGAAGUGUUGGCUAUAUAUUGGAUAUCGACUUUCCAGUUUGCUGUUGUAUAUAAAAAUGCAACGGAUAAUAGUAAACCAGCUGUAACGAUCGUGAACACCCCUAAAGGCGGGCAGCCAUCAUGUUUGAACUACGAAGAUGUGUGCUAUAGUAUGGGCUCCAAUCGCCCGUGGUAUUACUAUCUUCAGGGGCUUGCUCAAUGGAAUGUGAUCCUAUGUUCGUCAUCAAACAGCAUGGAAAUCGCCACGCUUGGGACUACAGAUGGUGUCAGUUGGCUUCAAUGGUGUCAGUCAGAUGAAGCCAGGCCCGAGUUACCUCUGACGGACAAGAAACAAGAAAACUAUCCAAUAGGAAUUACUAUUGACACAGCCGCUAUUCACCAGCUGCCUUGGGGUGAAAAUGAGACUCUGCCGUACAUGCCGACGCUACACGUACUGUCGCAGACGGGGUUGCUGACCGUAUUCAACGUCAUCAACCUGAACAAGCAAGCUCCACAGAUCUGCUCGCCGGUUACUUUUGUCGGGUAA